AUGGCCUCAACGUUGCCUGGUGACAUUAUCUACCUCAUCGUCGAGAUCCUGGGACAAGAUAAGGACUUCAAUAGUCUGUUCCAGUGUGCUGUGUCUGCCAAAUGUUUCACUGAGCAAGCUAUACCCACUCUGUAUAAAUCACACGAACUCUCUCCUGUGAGAGGCGGCGGAAUUGAACUUGGCACCCUGGACUCGAGCCAUACCCGACGAAAAUGGACGUCUAUGUGGCGGUCUAUUGUGCUUUCUACUCUUGAUCAAACCUAUCUUCCGUACUACAGUUACAUUCGGUACUUGGACCUCAAUGAUUUAUCGAAUCUGCUCAGCCAUAGUUCGUUCACCGGGAAGAUCAAAGACGAGUUCUUUACUCCAGAACUUCAGGACCUCGUGUCUCACGAUUAUGAGCUCAAGGGAAAUAAGCGUCUUCGCUCACUGCGGAAUCUGCCUGACAAUGAUUGGAUCUUAUCCAAGAUUGGUACUGGACCACGCUCGAUAAGAGCUAUAGGCACACAGUUGAAAUCACUGAAAGAGCUGAAAUUGACAAGCCUUGGGAUCGAAGCAAUUGCAGAGCUGCCUUCAUUAACAGCGCCACCAGUGCUGGAGGUGCUUGUCUUGACUGAUUCAAUACCAGCAGCACGGAACGAGGACUUUUAUUCCACAGUUAAAGGAGUUGCUGAUUGGAUUGGUGGCUGCAAGGCCCUGCGACAUCUGGAGCUUAGAAGAUUUGUUGAUGACACGUUUCUACUUGCACGAGUUCUGGUCGCCGAGGAUAUGCACCUGCUGAAUUUGUCUCUGACUGGGUACACAAUGGCUGGCAGUCGUGACUUCCACAGAGCUUUGGCCUCUCAAGAUUCUCUGCAACGUCUCAGUCUUCGAGGUGAAGGGUGCGAGAUUCCUGAAGAUAAUGAGUUGCUUGUCCAAGCCAUUUGCCAGCUAAAUAAUCUGCGUGAACUUGAGCUCAAGGAUAUUUCCGAUUAUUUCACACCUGAUCAUCUAAUGUCAUUCACACCACAUCUUUCCCAUUUGGAGAAACUGUGGAUCGGAGGAGAUCUCUUCAAUGACGAUGUAUGGAAUGCAUUUUUAUGCCUUCCAAAGCUACGAAGUCUGGCCAUCCAUGCGCUCAGCGAGUUCACGGCUCAGGGUAUACUCGAUUUCAUCGCUCAACUAGGGCCCGGUAACAGAGGAAUGAGCCUCUCAAUCUUGAACUCAAUAACACCAAGUCUCACAGAGGAAGCACAGAGCUUAAUUCGCAAUAUCUUGAAACACAACCUUGAUGGGACCUUUGACUUCGGCCUUGCACAGGAGGAAUUCAGCGACACCGACUCAGAAGGGAUAUCGGAUUGA